AUGGCGCCCAAGGCGGAGAAGAAGCCGGCGGCAAAGAAGCCUGUGGAGGAGGAGCUCGCUGCGGAGAAGGCCCAGCGGGGAAGAAGCCCAAGGCAGAGAAGCGGCUCCACCAAGCUCGCCCGCUACAACAAGAAGCCCACCAUCACCUCCCAUGAGAUCCAGACCUCCGUCUGCCUCGUUCUCCCAGGGGAGCUCGCCAAGCAUGCUGUCUCCAUGGGCACCAAGGGCAUCACCAAGUUCACCUCGUCUUAG